CUUUUUUUGUCACGUCCUUGUAACUGGCUGCAGCCUACCGACAGGAGACGCUAGUGCUAAAAUAGAGCCUCGGCAGCCGGGGAACCCGGAAGUACUUCCCCAUGCAUGACAACAACGUGUUCUGCCACCGCGUGAGUCGUGAAUAACUGGUUCCAUCAUGACGUCGUUGGCCCAGCAGCUGAAACGACUCGCUCUUCCCCAAAGUGACCCACACCUACUGACCAAAAGACAGGUUGCCUCUCUGCUCUUUGACCUCAAAGAUGCUGCAGAAAUUGACCUGGAGACCUUCCAUGCCCUUGGAUGCAGCGGACUUGAGCAGUUGCUUGGAAUCGAACCUUUGUUUUUGGAAUUUACGAACACACUCUUCAGCUCAGCCUCGAUGACCCUUGAACGCAGUGUCCAGUCGAAAGAGGUCAACAAGAAACUAGACAGUGACAUCUCACUUUUCCUCACCCGUCUUUCGCCUUACUUUCUCCUGAAACCAGCACAUAAGUGCAUUGAGUGGCUGGUGCAACGCUUUCAUGUGCAGCUGUACAACGUGGAUAGUCUCCUGGCAUGUGCUUUUCCAUAUCAUCACACAAACACAUUUGUGCGACUGCUCCAGAUGAUAAAGAUCAAGGAGUCAAACCACCAAUGGAGCUGGCUACUCCCCAUUAAGAAAGCAGGUGUGCCCCUGUCCAGAGGAGCGCUGAUCACUCACUGUCACUCAGACCUGAGCUUCCUGGACUUUGUGUGUCAGAUGGUGUCCAAUGCUGUCCAGGCAUUUCCUGAGUGCACAGGCAGUGCCCCACAGCUGAGGAUUGUUUUCUCCUUCUACUCUUCCACCAUAGUCCCAGCGGUGCACGCCAUCCCGCAGAUCACAGACAGCUUUAUCGCCAAGCUGCUGCCUUAUCUGCAGCAGGGACUGCGUUCUCCUCUGGACGACUACAGAGCAGCAUCCUACAUGCUGGUGAGUCAGUUAGCGGUGAGGACGACACUGAAGGAUGAGCUUGUAGGUACGCUGGCAGUGCAAGUCACCAAACCCCUGCUGAAGCUGCCGACGCUGCUUCAUGAGGCACUCUGCUGUCUGGUGGUGCUACUGCAGAGCCAGCGGGAUGGUGCUGCUGGGACCAGGUUCUGCACAUCUCUUGUCCUAGUCCCGUCUUUGGUUCCAACACUGCAGUUAAUGUCAUCAUCUUAUGACGUCACUCCUCUUGUGAGUCAGCUCAUUCCUUACCUGGUCAGUGUUGUGGUCAGCUGCUCAGAUGAUGCCCCAGAGAUUGGUGUUCUGGAGUCCAUUUUGAAUGAUGUUCCUCUGACUAGGGACCUGAAUCAGACCCUGGCCAGGUGUUUGCUGGAUCAGUUCAUGACUCGCUGUGAGCUGACACCUGAAAACGCAGAUGUCCUAAAGCGCCGGCUACAACCACUUGUGCGGGUCCUGGAGAACAAGUACUGUGGGAUUCUGGACGAUGUGCUGGCAGGUCAUGCCACGGACAUUAGUCCACAACAGAGGCACAUCUUCCAUGACUUUCUGUCAUUGUCAGUCACCAGCGGAAAGUUCCAGGUGGUGGAUGACUCGGACACAACGCUGCUUCUGAGCCUGCAGCACCCUCAGUGGCCUGUUAGAGUGUCGGCCUUGGAGCACCUGGUUGGUGCCACCAAGCAGCAGAGUUUUGACCAAAGCUUUCUGAGGAGUGCUGUUUUGGAGCGACUGAAGGAUGAUGUUCCCAAUGUGGUCGCUGCUGCCCUCAAGGUCAUGGAGAAAUUAUUUACCCAGUUUGAUCCGAAUGAAGUCGUCUCAACUCUUGUUGACUUAACUUUGCAAAUUUACCUUCGAGAAGACUCUGAAGCCUGGCUGCCAGUCAUUAUGCAAAGCAUGCGUUUGCUGUCGGACCCCCAGCUUGGCGAGGGAAGGGAGGAAGCCCUCGAGAAAGCCGGCUGGCAGCUGCUGCCCCUUUUAGUCGUCAACACCAGCCAGAUGGACUCACCACAGUUCCAAAUGACAUGCUGCAUUGCACGUUCUGUGGUAGUGGCUCGGCAUCCCCUCACUUGUGACUGGGCAGAAGAGCUGGACACCUUGCUGAAGCAGAAGGCCAAGCAGGACAUCAUCCCUCUGAUCAAUAAACAGUUGACUGUAACUGUGACCAGAAAACUUGGCAACAUGGAACGUCUCACCAAACGGCGUGCAUUGGAGCAGCUGGUUCAGGCAAUGGAGCAGCAGCGGGAAAGAAGUGCUCGGGCAAAGCCGUCCUUCCUGGUCCUUACACACAUGCUGUUGUUGAGCCUUGCAGAGCUAAGGGAUACUGAACACCUGCUGAUGGCCCAGAGAAUUUACAUGGUUCUAGAGCCCCUGCUGAUGGAGGCAGCGCAGAAACAGAACAUUCCGGAAGUGGCACAUUGUGGCGCCGGGGACUUCUGUGAUGCUCUCAGCACUUACCUGAGAAGGUGUCAGUCAGGUCAUGGGUCAGAACCUGAGUUCACAUUUGUCCUCAUUUCGCUGCUGAGGAGCUUCGUUUCCACCCUGCGCUGUUCUAACCCAGCCUUCAAAGGGGAGCAAUGGUGGAAUCCAGAAAAGUUGGACACAAACACCUGUUGUUAUCUGGGCCUCAUCUGUCAACUGUUCACCCUGCUCAUCGGUGGUGCUGGAGUAGGCCCACACUCGGGCAGCUUCAGACAGCUGCUGAAGCUCCUCGUCCAGGACCACUUCGAGCAGCCCUCCACUCUCUUCCGCUUCCUGUGUUUGUUGUGGGGAUAUGGAAGUAACCGUGGCGACCAACUUGAUCUGAAGAUGACUGCUGUCACUCAAAUUCAAGCUUUGUACAUGGGCGGAGCUCUGCUCAAGGUCCAGCCAGCCGCAUCACUGAAGGAUUUGAUGGCUGACGACUCACCAGUGAUCCCCUCGCUGCUCUGCUGCCUAAACUCUCCGUUGUGCGAGGUCCGGCGAGCAGCACUGAGUGUUCUUCAAAGCCAUUCCAACUUUGGUAAUUUCCAGAAAAUCAUAGUGAAGGUUCUCGGAACAAGUGAGGAGAUCAUUGCUGACCCCUCAUACUUGAAUACGGUUCUUGGUUCACUCCACGAGCAGCAGGUAAGCCUGAAGCCACUUCUGCAAAGCGUCCUGGCACCAUGUUGCCCAUCCUACACUGGCGCUGCAAUACUGCGAUCGCUGAGUUUGGUAAAUGGACAGGCCGUGCUGGCAGAGCUGCUGCCACUACUAGAGCGUCUCCUGGACCAGUGUGUGGUCACUCCUGAUUUGCUGCAAUCAGACGCCCAGCUGCUUCAGCUAAUUUUGGGGAAGUACAACGAAGCGUCUGCUGCCCUGCUGGCCCAGAAUCAGCGGUGUCUGGACCUGUUUGUUCGAGCCCUCAGAACUUCUACAACCCCUCACCCAGAACAGUUGAGCUGCCAGACCAUGGCACUUGAGCUGAUAUCACGUUCCUUCUUUGAUGCCCUGGGAGAUGAAAAUGUCCAAAAGAGGCUACUGUCCAUCAUGUUUGACUUGCUGGACUCUUCUGUGACCCACUCCAUUGUUGGCAGCGUCUUUAAAGCGCUGUCUGUAGAUGCAGCGUUGCUCGUGGGUCUGCUCUGCCCGCCUGAGAGGUCAGAGGUGGCUGCAACAGUGCAACAGAGCAGACGCAGCAGAUUGAGAAAAGACAAGGUGGAGAAGGAGAGCUCUGGAGGACCAGCAGGAGACACCUUGUCUUGGCGGAGGGUGACUCUGAUCCUGGAGCUGCUGCUGCACAAGAAGAAACUGAAGAGAGUAGAGAUGUUGGUGCCCGUUCUGUUUUCACUGCUGGCCAGGAGUCUGGAGGUGGAGUCCAAUGACCUCACGAAUAUUGAGUACACCAAGCAACUGCUGCUCAGCUGUUUGCUAAACAUUUGCAACAAGCUAUCUGCAAGAGGCGCCACUGAGGCAGCAGGUCUACUGGAUGAGGACAAGUUCAGUGUUGAGCUAGUGGUCCAGUGUGUCCGAGGAUCUGAUGUCCCUCAGACUCACCAUCAUGCUCUUCUGCUGUUGGGAGCAGCAGCCGCCAUCUUCCCUGACAAAGUCCUCCACAACAUCAUGUCCAUCUUCACCUUCAUGGGUGCAAGCGUCCUGCGACUGGACGACGCCUACAGCUUCAGGGUCAUCGACAAGACGGUCCAGAUGGUGAUUCCGGCCCUGAUCAAGGCCCGUGGUCAAUCUGGUGAUGAGUCCUCAGCACACUUGGAUGCAAUGGUCACCAGGAUCUUACAUGUAUUUGUUGAUGCACGGCCUCAUGUGCCGGAGCACCGCCAACAUGCUGUCCUCACACAGCUACUCAGCACACUGGGCCCUGCUCAGUACCUCUGGGUUCUGAUGCUGCUCCUCUUCAAGAUGCACGCCACACAGGCGCCUGACUUGUCCACGGAGAAGGAUGCAGCACUGGAGCGGGACAUGGACUUCUGGAUCUCCUUGUGCAGUCACUUCCAUGUCCAAGAUCAGUUCACAACCCUGAUCCGCAUCUUGAAGCACCUGCAGGAACUCCCCAAGGAUAAAGACAAAGGUAAUGGUGCCACGGUGAAGCGGCCACCUGUCCGAAGGCGAGCUCAGACGAAGCCACAGGAUGAUGAGAAAAACAUGGAGGAGCUGAUAUUUAGUCUGGAGACUCACAGCAGCAAAGAGCUAAGACACUUUAAGUUCCUGUCUGUCUCAUUCAUGGCUCAGCUGCUCGGCUCGACCGCUUUUAUUGGCCAGGUGUCCAACUGUGGAGAAAACCAGUGUCUUCAGGAGCAACAGCAGAUACUGCUGGAGGAGAUCCUUCGUUACAUCCACCAGGUGGCACUCUGUGUGGAGGAGAACGCUGACCAACCAACCGCAAAGUUUUGGAGAGCACUUCUCAACAAAGUUUAUGAUGUCCUGGAUAAGGUAAACGCCUUGUUGCCUGCUGGCACCUUCAUCACCGUGAUGAGGGGGUUGAUGGGAAACCAGCUGUCUUUGGUCAGGAGAAAGUCAAUGGAGCUGCUGAACAACCGGCUGCAGCACAAGACGGCCUGGCACCCGCAGCAGGUGGAGGAACUCAUGCAGCUAACAGGCGACCUGCUGGCUAUCGUUGGCAAAUACCCUGGCAAAGACCCAGAGGGGGCUGCGGAACACGCCAUCAAUCGCCAGACUGCCCUCUACAGUCUCAAGCUGCUGUGUCGCAACUUUGGCUCCAAACACCAGCAGGCGUUUGUCCCAGUCCUGCCAUGUUUGGUGGACAUUGUGACAUCAAUGGAUGAGGAGAAGAAUGUGACCGGCAGCGCCCUGCUCUGCAUUGCUGAGGUUGUGAGCACACUAGGAGCACUGGCCAUCUCACACCUGCCCAGGUUGAUGCCAACAGUGUUGAAGACCCUCACUGAGAGGAAUGACCUGGUGACGAAUCACAUUUACCUGUUGAGUGCAGUCACCGCUCUGCAGCGCACGACCGAGACGCUACCUCACUUCAUCAGCCCAUACCUGCAGGACUCCACCCUGCAGGUCUGUCGUCUGACCUGGAUGCUGGAACAAUCCCCAUCUACCACGGCAUCUCCUGCCAGCAUGCAACUGUCCACGCGACUACUGUCGCUUCGCUCCUCUCUGGCCUCCCGCCUGCCCCCCAGAGUCCUCCUGCCUGUCCUCAGCCGCUGCUACGAUGUUUUGGUGGAGGACAAUAAGGGACACCUGGGGGCACUGAUGAGCAUCCUAAAGGAACACCUGAGUCACAUGGAGCGUGAGACACUCAACCAUCACCAAACCGAGCUCAGCACCCUCCUUCUGUCGGCGCUGGACUUCAGAGCUCAGCACUGUCAGGGUGAUUUGACGACGACCUCGUUGGUUGAAGGUUCAGUCAUCGAUUGUCUUCUCGUCAUGGUGCUGAAGCUGUCUGAAGUCUCCUUCAGACCCUUUUUCUUCAAGCUGUUGGAGUGGAGCAAAUCGGGCAGUAACGAGCGUCUGCUGACCUUCUUCCGCUUGUGCGAUCGCAUCGCAGAUCGGCUGAAAGGGUUGUUCGUGCUGUUUGCAGGAAACCUGGUGAAGCCACUAUCGGACGCGCUGAGACGGACAAACGCAGCCAAGACCGGUGAGUGUCCCUGUUCUGAUGACACUCCCUGUUUCAGUCUAGUUACCAGGUGUUUAUGUGCAGAUGAGAUGGCCUUUGAAUCCAAGGAGAAAACCACCUUGCUGCUGCACUUCGUCCUCGACUGCCUGCACAAGAUCCUCCUUUACGACACACAUCACUUCCUGAGUAAAGAGCGGGCUGAGGCGCUGCUGCUCCCCCUGGUGGACCAGUUGGAGAACUCGGUGGACGAGGUCGAGGUUCACCAACAGAUGGUGAACUCUCACCUGGUUCCCUGCAUCGGACAGUUUGCUGUUUCGCUCACCGACGAUUCCCACUGGAAAACGCUCAACUACCAGAUUCUGCUGAAGACUCGCCACUCGCACUCACAGGUGCGUCUCUCUGCUCUGGCCAGCCUCAUGGAGGUUGCCGGCCAACUGAAGGAGAACUACAUGGUUCUGCUGCCAGAGACCAUCCCCUUCCUGGCCGAACUUAUGGAGGAUGAGUCUGAGGACGUGGAGAAGCUGGUUCAGAAGGUGAUCCAGGAGAUGGAGAACAUCCUCGGAGAGCCACUGCAGAGCUACUUCUAGCACGCUGAAUAACAAUUAACAAAAUGGUGCCACUUCAAUUCUAUCCUUUUCUACAAAUUAAAGACUUC